AUGCAAGACGAGAAAUUGACUUUGGAUAAAGCUGUAAAAGAAGCCAAAAGUUCAGAGUUAGUCAAGCAUCACCACAUUAUCCUUCAGGGAGACGGCGAAGAUGGAAAAAUUAAUCGCCUCCGCAAGACUAAGGGACAAAAUAAACCAAAACCGCCAGAGAACUCGAAAGGAGAGCAAAUUUUGAAACCGUAUCAAGCCGGUAAAAGUCAAUGUUAUCGAUGUGGGAAAUCGCCAGUGCACAAAAGAGAUGCUUGCGAGGACUUUACAUGGCAAGAUAUUUAUGUUAUUGGGAAUCUUAAAGAGCCUUUGCUUGGAAGACCUGCUAUUGAUGCCCUAAACCUGAUGCAGAAAGUAGAAACUAUUCAAGCUGACGAGAGCAGCGUGAUCGAAGACGAAGUUAAAUCCACUUAUCCAAAUUUGUUCAAAGGCCUAGGAGAGUUGGAUGGUGAUUUCAGUAUUAAGUUGAAACCUGACUCAACACCCUUCGCUCUGAUGACGCCAAGAAGAGUGGCAAUCCCGCUCUUGAACAAAGUCAAGGCAGAAUUGGCGAGAAUGAAAAAUUUGGGCGUUAUCUCGAAAGUCGACGUACCCACCGAGUGGUGUGCAGGGAUGGUCAUUGUACCCAAACCAGAUGGUAAUAUUCGAAUAUGUGUCGACCUAACGAAACUCAACGAGAAUGUUCUUCGCGAGACUUACCCUCUUCCAAAGAUAGAUAACCUAUUAGCACAGAUCAGCGAAUCCAAAAUCUUCACUAAAUUGGAUUGCAAUUCAGGAUUUUGGCAGGAGAAGCUAGACGAACAAUCUCGGUUAUUAACCACGUUUAUCACACCGUUUGGCAGGUUCUGCUUCAAUCGAAUGCCUUUUGGUAUCAAGACGGCACCUGAGCAUUAUCAGAAGAAAAUGAACGAAAUUUUGGAAGGCCUGGAUGGUCAAGUAUGCAUAAUUGAUGACAUAUUGAUCCAUGGGAAGACCCAGAAAGAACAUGACACUAGACUUAGAGCAGUGCUGAAGAAACUAGAUGAAUCUGGAGCUACACUUAAUCCAGAGAAAUGCGAGUUUGCAAAGAAAGAAGUCAAGUUUGCUGGUUGUAUCCUUAAAGAAGAAGGAAUCAAGUCUGAUCCCGAUAAAAUAGAGGCGAUUCGAGACAUGGAUGCACCUCAGAAUGUGGGCGAUGUACGUAGAUUCCUUGGAAUGGUCAACCAACUUGGGAAGUUUAUUAACCACUUAGCAGAGAAAACGAAGCCAAUUAGAGACCUCCUUAGUAAAAACAAUCAGUUUCUAUGGGGACCAGCUCAACAAGAAGCCUUCGAGAAGUUGAAAGUCGAAUUAAGUUCCACACCAGUACUUGCAUAUUAUGAUCCUUCCAAGAAAACUAUUUUGUCAGCAGAUGCCUCCUCUUAUGGUCUUGGGGCUGUCCUUCUACAAGAACAAGAGAACGGUGAAAGAAAGCCAAUUGCAUACGCAUCCAGAUCUAUGACUAGCACCGAACAGCACAACAGUGAAAAAGAAGCUUUGGCAACAACUUGGGCGUGCGAGAAAUUUAACGAUUAUAUUCUUGGGAAAGAUAUCCUCAUUGAGACAGACCACAAACCACUUGUUCCUUUAUUUGGCACAAAGCUUCUUGAUCAACUCCCUCCUAGAAUUCAGAGAUUUAAAGUGAGACUGAUGAAAUAUUCAUUCCACGUUAAUCAUAUACCAGGAAAGGUGUCAGUCACUGCUGAUACUCUUUCAAGAGCGCCAAUGAGAAAACCACCUACCAAAGUCGAUAAGCGGUUGACAGAAGAUUUGAGCUUGUAUGUGGCGAACAUUUUCGAAAGCCUACCAGCUAGCGAACGGAAACUUGAAGAAAUUCGACUUCAUCAACAAGAUGAUGAAGUGUGCAGAAAACUUUCAGAAUUUUGCACUGAAGGCUGGCCAGAUAGGACCAAGCUGAACUCAACUCUUCUUGCUUAUUGGCCAGAGAGAGGUAAUAUCACAGUGCAAAGAGGUAUUCUGAUGAAAGAUACAAGAUUAGUCAUCCCGUCUUCAUUACGACUGGAUACUCUGGAUAAAAUCCAUGCGGGUCAUCAAGGAAUUCGAAAGUGUCGAGAAAGAGCACGCGAGUCUGUGUGGUGGCCAGGGCUGAGUAAGCAGAUUGAAGAUAUGGUUACGACGUGCCCAACUUGUUGUAAGCAUCGACAAAACCACGCAGAGCCUAUGAUAGCGUCUCCACUCCCAGAACGACCCUGGCAAAAGAUUGCCACAGACCUUUUCCAUCAUAAUGGAAAAGACUAUGUCAUCGCUGUCGAUUAUUACUCCCGAUUCUUCGAAGUCGCUCCACUCAAGAAUACCACUUCAGAGAACGUCGUGAACCACUUGAAAUCGUUUUUCUGUCGUCAUGGUAUCCCAGAAAUUGUUAUGUCGGAUAAUGGGCCGCAAUUUUCUGCAGCUACCUUUUCCAAAUUUGCGGACGAAUGGGGGUUUACCCAUUUAACAAGCAGUCCCUAUUACCCUCAAAGUAAUGGAGAGGCAGAGAGGGCAGUAAAGACCGCAAAGAGUCUAUUUGUCAAAUCUGAAGAUCCAUAUUUGGCUCUACUGUCCUACAGAACAACACCACUACAGAACGGACACACUCCAGCAGAGUUACUGAUGGGACGCAAAUUACGUUCUACUUUGCCUUUAUCUCCAGAAAAGCUGAAACCUAUGUUAUUAGACGCGGAACAAUUAAGAAAGAACGAACAGACAUACAAACGUCAACAAACGCAAGGUUACAACAAGCGACAUAGAGCGACAUGUUUGUCUGACCUGAGUCCUGGAGAAACAGUUUGGUUGCCAGAAAUGAGUUCUCCAGCAGUUGUUGUUUCCAAGUCACCCGAACCAAGAUCAUAUAUUGUGCAAACGGAAAAAGGCACGGUGAGAAGAAAUAGACGACAAGUAGUACCCAGUCCAAAGGAACCAGUUAUGAGAGAAUCACAACCUACGAACGAGAGUACGAGUGAGAACAUUUCAUGUCCCAAUAGUACGUCCGACAAUGUCGUGAGAACUCGUUCAGGACGUGUUGUUGUACCGCCUAAUAGACUCAAUUUGUGAACUUAUAUGAUUGACGAACUGAAACAAUUAUAAUUUAGCGAUUAGAAACAAUUAUAAGAAUUAAAGAACACUUAGAUUUAAAUUAG